UAUGGCUUAUAAUAACGAUUUCCAGGAUCUCUUGCCAGAUGACUAAGAAGAAUUUGCUAUGAGAAUGCCUGUCAAGAGUCAUUUAUAGAGGUUGGAUGUAAGUAAGUCUGCUAAAAGUAGCAAUUAUUAUAAUCAUUAAUGGAUGAAUUGGAUAUGGUUAAAAAGGAGAAGGAGUAAUUGCGUAAUAAUUUAAUUGAGUUAUCUCAAAAGACUAGUGAUUCAUUUGAUGAUGCAAAUAAAUAUUUGAAUGAUGAAUAUCGAAGAUUGAUGUAGGAGUUUCAUGAAUAAAAUGCUUUGUAAUUGGAAUAACAUCAAUUUUUAAAAUAAUAAGUUGAUUAGAUAAAUUAAGACAGAAUAAAAUUAUAGUAAAAUACUAUUGUACUUGAGAACAGAGUUUAAGAUUCAGAAAAGGAAUUGGGAUUUGUUUGA